AAACUUUAAUUUUCGGGUCCUCUGGUUGAUUUUAUUGCCUAAACAUUUAAACUUCCGAUUCAUCGCAUCAAAAUGUUCAACAAACGGAAGAUAUCGCGAGAUUCCAGCCAAAAGUUGGUGAUUCCUGGCGUUUCAAACCCUUCCGGUUAGUUUACAGAUUUUUGAUCCACUCAAUGAUGUGCAUAUGCUGCAAAUGUGCCAACUUGACCCUCGUAACGACGUUUUAGGGACGGAGGACGGAGAGGCUCCGGAGCUCAAGAUCAUAAAGAGGCGCCCAGCCAGCAAGAUUUGCCCAGUGAUUCCCAAGGAAACUUCCAAGACAACAACGUCGGCGCUUCCAGAUCCCAAUGUCUUUGACUUUCUCGAUGUUUGUUUAUCUAUACAUUUCCGCGGCAUGCAUGUUUAUGCAAACACAUUUCAUCUUUCAGACACCAGAGGUUGAGAACCAGAGGGCCACUUCAACAUACGAAAUCGACACGGAAAAGUCAAUGGAUUCGAGGAGCAUUCUCGAGAGGAAUGUAGAGAUUGGCAAAAAGUUGCUCAGCGGGGAGCUCGAGGCAAAUGUAUAUCGCGGCAAAGGCGCCUACAAGCCCAUCAUGAACAUAAGAGAGGGCAGUAUUGCCGCCUCAAAGUACACUGGACUCUAUGGACCAGUUCGUGCUUCUGGCACAAACAUUAGGACAACACUCCGUAUCGACUACCAGCCGGAUGUCUGCAAGGACUACAAGGAAACGGGCUACUGCGGCUUUGGAGACACUUGCAAGUUCCUGCACGAUAGGAGCGAUUACAAGUCAGGGUGGCAGUUGGAGAAGGAAUGGGAACAGCAGCAGGCUGAGAAGCGCCUGAAAAUGCAGGCAAAGUUAGACAAGUGGCAAAGGAAGAUGCAAGCAUCUCUCAAUGGCGAGUCAGUCGACUCCUGUUCGGAAUCAGAGUCGGAAGAAUCGGAAAGCGAUUCCGACUGUUCUUCUUCCUCGGAGAGUGAGGACGACGAGACGAUGGACAAGAGCCUCAAGAAGCUCAUAAAGUCCAAGGCAAAGAAGAUGGAGAUUCCAUUCUGUUGUCUCUCUUGCAAGCGAGUCUGGCGCCUGGAAAUGGACCCGAUCGUCACUUCCUGCAACCACUACUUUUGCCAGCAGUGUGCAAUCGCUUCCUACUCCAAAAACUCAAAGUGCGCCAAGUGCGGCAACACUCAGGACGGCAUCCUGAACAAGGCGACUAACGUCCUAAAGCUCCUGGAAUCGAUUGGCAAAGGUGCGGAAUCGGCGGCCCUCCCGUGA